UUUUUACGUCGUAGUGAUAAUAUUAGGAUAAUGCUAAAUUGUUUGCCGGAGAAUGCAGCAGUCUGUCAAAGAAAACGAUCUCGCGCGGAGCACGGUCGAAGGUUUACCAACUGCAUUCGCGCGAAUUUUCAAAUUUUAUCUCUCUGAUUAGACAUAGAAGCUUAAGUUAUCGUCGAAAGGAAAAAGAAAGACAGGUGAUAUUCUCAACGACGAGAGUCUUAUCAAGAUAUGAAGUCGUUAAGGCACCUUUCUCGUGGCAUCAAGAAAUUCGAGCGGACGCUGUUAAACGAUGAACCAAGUAAAAUACAAUAUUUAGGAGCGAGGAGCACCUUUGCGCGAUCGAAAGAGAAAUUUAUCCGAGGUCAAAACCAAGAGAUAAUCAUUCCUUCGCCUUUCGGUGCAGUUACUUAUCCGAAUUCUAAGAUAUCGGAAUACAUUUGGCGCAACGUUAACAAAUUUUCCAAGCUAAUUGCCCUGGAAUGCGGUAUAACAGGUAGGAAAUAUACGUACGGGCAAACGAGGGACGCUGCGAACUACAUUGCAAGGAGUUUAAGGAAUUUGAAGUUCAUGGAAGGUGAUAUAAUUGCCUUGAUCGCUCCCAAUUUCCCGGAAUGGGUUCUAGCUUUUCUCGGGAUUUUGGAGGCGGACCUCAUCGUUACAACUAUCAAUCCGCAUUACACGGUUGAGGAAAUAACGAUGCAAUUGGAGUUGUCUGGUGCAAAAGGUAUCGUCACCGCGAAAGGGAUAUUACCGAUCGUAAAGAAAGCAGCAACGAACUACAGAUUGGGAUCGUCCCUUAUCGUUAUAGACGACGGAACGCCGGGUCCAAUGACGGACGGGGUGAUACCUUUCAAGGACUUGAUAACUCGCGGCAAGAACUUACCGGAAUUGAAAGCCCUAAGCCGUUCCAUGGACGACGUAUCGGUUUUACCUUUUUCAAGUGGGACGACGGGUCUGCCGAAAGGUGUGAUGCUAACGCACGCUAAUCUAGUCUCGAAUAUGGAAAUGCUAAAUGCCAUCGUUGAUAAGGAUACGUGGAUUCAAAUGGCGACGGAUGAAAAUCAAGACGUCAUACCAAUAUUUCUACCUUUAUUUCACAUUUUUGGCAUGAACGUGAUCAUGCUGCCUAGUCUCACGUUCGGAGCGAAGAUCGUUACGCUUCCGAAAUUCCAGCCGGAAACGUUUUUCGACACUUUCAUCAAGCAAAAGCCAGCGCUUUUGUUUUGCGUACCGCCGGUAAUAUUGUUUCUGUCAGUUUCGCCGUUAGCCAAAAGAGAACAUUUCUCGAACGUACGAAGUGUUUUCAGCGGAGCGGCGCCGCUUUCGAAGGAGGACGUCGAAAGAUUUUACGACAAGUUUCGAUUAGACAACAAUAAUUUCAAAUUUUGCCAAGGGUAUGGAUUAACGGAGUGCGCGCCCGUGGCCUUUGUAGAAAAGACGGGCCUAAAGUACGCGAGUAUCGGAAAGAAUAUUUGCGGUUGCGACGUGAGAUUGGUCGAUAUCGUAACGAACGUAGACAUUUCCGAGCCCGGUAGAAACGGCGAAUUGUGGAUAAGAGGACCUCACGUCAUGAAAGGUUACUUUAAUAAUCCGGAAGCCACGAAGAAAAUGUUACUCGAGGAUGGUUGGUUGAAAACCGGCGAUAUAGCUUACUUCGACGACGAUUUAGAUUUUUAUAUUACCGAUAGGUUGAAGGAGUUGAUUAAGGUCAAAGGUUUUCAGGUUCCACCGGCCGAAUUGGAGUCAGUUUUAAGAAUGCAUCCCGACGUAGAGGAAUGCGCGGUAAUCGGUAUUUCCGACGCAAGGUCCGGAGAAGUGCCGAGGGCUUUCGUCGUCUUGAAAAAGAACAGGAAGGUUAGCGAGGAGGAUAUCAAGAAUUUCGUUAAGGACAAGGUUUCCGAGUACAAGCAACUCAAUGGUGGUGUUUCAUUCGUCCGAGAUAUUCUCAAAAAUCCAACCGGCAAGAUCCUUCGAACGAAGAUGAAGGAAGCGUAUCUAAAAGGAAAUCUGUGAAAAUUCGUUCAUCCAUGAUGGAUCGUUAUUUUACGUGCCUUUGUUUCCUCUUUUGAUACUUUUCGUUUUUAAACUAAACUAAACGUUAUGUAAUUCUAUCAUUCCUGAGUUAAUUUUAUUUUAAUUGAUUAUAUUUAUUUUAAUUGAUUAUAUUUAUUUCAAGGGUUUAAUAUGUGCGUACCGUUGGACCCAGUCUAUGGAUCCAGUGUAUGCGAGCGUAGAAUUUAAUGUCGUCUCUGGUGGAUCAAUUGUCACGUGUAUAUACGUAAGAAUACAUUUUUC